AUGAGUAUCACAAACGUUUCGCCAUGCCGAGGGUCAGUAAUGGGUGGGACAAAGAUUACUAUAUUAGGAAAAGGAUUUGGCAAUAACAAUACUGACGUCAGAGUUAAGGUUGGAUCAGUGGAUUGUACAGUUGACACUAUAAACGAUACGCAAGUCACGUGCGAUAUUGUGUAUACUGGAAUUCUUCAUCGUGUGACGAACAAAGGUGUUGAUCUUGCUUAUGGUGUCUACUACGCGUUUGAUAAGCCAUAUAUUGUCAUAAAUGAAGGUGACUCCGUGCUAUGGUCCUGGAAAACCCCUGAUUUUGUUUAUGAUAUUGCACAUGCAGUCAUUGAAAUAAAAGAUCCUAGUCAUUUAGUGCAUAAACCCGGCGGAUUUAUUAGUGGAAAACCAAGCCGAAACGGUUUUUAUGUGCAUCGGUUUGUCCAAGCUGGUAUUUAUUAUGUUUGGAGUGGAUUUGUUGAUAAAUGGGAAAUCAAAAACUACGUCGGUACGAUCGAGGUUAUACCAACCAACUCAACAGUCGAAGAAAUCAGUUUGAGUGUCGGAAAUAAAGAAGCUUUACAUGAUUUAAAAGGUAUAGUGAAUGAGGAGCUCGGAGCAGCUUGUGUAUCGACAUCGAUGCAGAAAAGCACUGACAAUAUGUCGAACAAGUUCCACUUUGCGUUUUCUAAAAUUACAACACCAGUUGUCAGUAUGUUAGGCAUAAAUAACGGAACGAUACAGACAAAUAUCUCAGUAACUGGCGAAGGUUUUUCAACAAAUAACGAAGAAAAUGUAGUACGCUUCGGUGGACAUGAAUGUAUAGUUACUUCAUCUACAGAAGACAAUAUAGUUUGUAACAUUGACAAAACAAGUGAACCAGCUAUAAAUGUAUUACAUCAGUUAAAAGUAAACGUAUAUAAUCGUGGACUGGCACGAAUUAACAUCCGUGAUGCGAAAAUCCGCGGCUUUGUUCUUAUUCCAAAUAUUGAAACAAUUACACCAAAACAUGGUUCAUUAGCUGGUGGUUUGAGAAUAACUAUUACUGGAUUUGGCUUCGGACGAUUCCCUGUUGUGCUGAUAGGCGGGUACGAAUGCCACAUUAUAGAUGCAUCUAACACCCUUAUUACUUUUGAGGCGCCGCCGUCUGAAUUUGAAGGUCAAAAACAGGUUGACGUUUUUGCAUUUGUAGCAGACCUCCCAGUUCAAGCUGAAUGUGAAGUGAAAUCCGAGACAUCAUGUCUAUUUUCAUAUGAGCAUUCGCUGACACCUGCAGUAUAUGCAGUGACUCCGACUGAAAUGUCCGUACCAACCUCCUUUUUUAUCAAUGGAACUUUGCUUGGAAAUAUUACGGAAAAUCUUGAAGUGACUUUUGGUGAAGUAAUAGCUAAUGUAACGCAAGCUGUCAAUACUUACAUAAUAGUUAAUGUAGACAGUAUACCAGUAGGAACAAACAAUAUUCUUGUAAAAGUUAAAGAUAGUGGUAAAGCUAUUGGAAAAUUGAGUGUUCAUGGAAUUUUAAAUAUAUACAGUGUGCGGCCGACUUCUGGUAGCAUUUACGGUGGGACUAUGAUUACUAUAAAAGGAAAUGGUUUCGUGAUAAAUGGAACCAAUGUUAAAGUUGGUUCUGUCCUCUGUGAUGUUGAAUCUAUUUCAACAACUGAAAUAAGAUGUGUUACGCGUACAUAUCGGGCUGGUUCCUUCAGUAUUAUUAUCAAUUCUGGGCGGUUUUCUUUAUCGUAUAACUCCUACACGUAUUCCAUUGAUUCAACACCUAAUGUUACGGCUAUUGAUCGGAAAUCGGGCUAUCCAGGGGAUAAACUUUCAAUCUACGGGUCAAAAUUAAGUAGCAAUAAUGUAAUAGUUUUUCUUGGGCAGUCAAAAUGCGAUUUUAUCUCCGGUAACUACACGACGAUAGUUUGCAAUAUUGGAGAUCAUUCCACAGGUCAAGUUCCAGUGAAGGUCUUUGUAUCCGGUCUUGGGGCAUCAAACACAAAUGUAUUCUUUGCGUAUGAGCUGAUUAUAUCGACUAUUGAUCCAAUACAUGGUAAACUCAUAUUUGAUGAGAAGGAUUUAGAAUUGCAGUCAAACAUAAUCCUGAUAUCAGAUGGUGGUUUGCUGCAAAUAGGUACCGAAGAAAAACCAUUCAAGUACAAGGCUGUUUUGACACUCCACGGUCACUACAGAAGCAAGGAACUUCCUAUCUUCGGCACUAAAGUACUGGCUAUAAGGAAUGGAACUUUAGAUCUUCAUGGAUGUGCAGUACCACGUACUUGGACACGUCUUUCGUCAACAGCAUUACCUGGAGAAAAUAAAAUACAUUUGAUGGAUUCGGUUCACUGGAAUAUUGGAGAUGAAAUUGUUAUAUCUACCUCUGGUUCCUACAAAUCCCAAAAUGAAAGUGAAAAGAAAAUUAUAUCUGCUAUAUCUGAAAACAAAAUGACGCUGACAUUAGACUCGCCUCUUAAUGCAGAACAUAUUGGUGAUGCGGAAAGUUUUAAUGAAACAUCGAUUCAAUUAAGAGCAGAAGUUGGGCUGUUGACACGCAGCAUAGUAGUUAGAGGUAAUAAGGAUUUUCAAUGGUCUGGAGAGGCCAAAAACUGUAGACCCGGAACGCAAAAUGAUGAUUACAUACCCCGAACAUGUUUCCACGGACGUCUUACAGAAGAAGCAGGAAGUAGCCAGUUUGGUGUUAUAAUUGUCGUUCAUGCCGCAAAGUACAACUCACUUUUGGCUCGGCUUCGAAUUUCAUAUACUGAAAUUACAUUUGCUGGUCAAGCAUAUAGACAAGGCAGACAUCCGUUAUUUUUUCACUCGAAUGGUAACAUGUCCACAAGCUACUUAAGAGGAUGCAGUAUCCAUGGAACAUUCAACAGGGCAAUAACCAUUCAAGAUUCAAACAAUAUACUUGUAGAAGAAACGGUAAUAUAUGACAUUUUAGGAGGUGGUAUUGUCUUAGAGGACGGUGUCGAGAUUGGUAACCAUUUUCAGCACAACUUAGUGAUAUUUGUUAGCAGUAGCUCGUGUCUAUUUCAUGGCGAUUCCAUACCAGCCUCGUUCUUGAUAACCAAUCCGGACAACGUGUUACAGCAUAAUGCUGUGGCUGGUGGAAGUCAUUACGGUUAUUGGUAUAAAAUUAGAAAUCAGCCAAGAGGAAUGUCUUUCAGAAAACGAGUUCGUCCGUCACAAAUUCCUUUAGGAAUUUUCAAUAAUAACUCUGCACAUUCGUUCAGAAGGUACGGCCUUUGGAUAUUCAAAGACUAUUUUCCAUUGAAUUCAAAUAUAGAGACCACACGUUUUGAAGGUUUUAUUUCUUGGAAUAAUGAAAAAGGGGUCGUGGUAGUCAAUUCUAGUCCAAUGCACUUCAUAAACUUUGUUUUUGUCCAAAACAAAUUGGCUGGGUACGAGGGCAAUCUGUUUCAUGACAUGCCUUACUACGCGAAUGAUUCAACCACAUUUAAGGACGGUUUGGUAGCAGGAACAACAAAUUUACAGCCAAAUUAUACUCAAGGAUGCACAGAAACCGGUAUGAUCUUACCAUAUGGUAGACGUUAUAGAUUAUCAAAUGUAACCUUCAUCAACUUUGCAAGUUCUAGCUGUGCAGCUCUACAAUGGGUAAGACUUCGAGAGUGUUCAUGGCUUUGUGGAGGCUAUACAUACUACACAGAUCAACUUAGAUUUAUCAAUACUCCAAAUAAAGCUGUAUAUGAAUGGGAAUGGGAGGGGAUUAUUUUUGACAUGGAUGGAACAGCUGCGGGAAAAUCGGCAAACUCGACAGUCUUACCGACCUCAGGAAGUGUCCCCCAUGACUGUGAAUCAGACACAGAAUUUGGUACGGGUAUCAGGGCCAGUGUCUGUCCUCCUCAACACAAAUGGCACAGAUUUGCCGUCCAUCAUAUUUACCCUAAUUAUCUGAAAGGAAGUAACUUAAUCAUUGCCAAUGAAUAUGGAAAUAGUUCUAUUAGAUUUUCAAAACAUCGACUGACUCACGACGAUGGCUGGAUGUGCGCUUUGCUCAGCGGAAGUACUUAUGCAAUUUAUUUCGAGCCAGAAGAAAGACAAAAUAAUCUUAGGUUCUCAGGAUUGCUGUAUGAUUUUCAGGUUGGAGAGCACAUCAUUUUCAAAAUCAAAGUGAACGACUUUCCUGACAAGUUUUCAGUCAACGAUAUAAGAAAAAAUAUGACCGUCGACGGUAUCAACGUAACCGAGGGUGAGACUGGCGAUUGGGAAUGGGAUAAUAUAACCAAAGAAAUUUCAUUUUUAGUAAAAGCUAGCCAUACAGACUUCAAGCGAUCUGUCGACAUACCAAUGUCCCUUUUUGUUCGUAAAUGCGUCUACAAAGACUGUAUUCCACCUCCGCCUCCACCACGACCUCCACGACCUCCACCACCAAAAGAAAUCGCUCCGCCGAAAACUAGGCCGCCCGGUUUCCAAUACUGGCAUGAUCAAACAAUAUGGAAUCUUACAUCGGACGGGUAUAUGACGAAUGUUGGCGAAUUCGGGGAAAUAAUACCACAGGACUAUCAGGGUGUCAGAAUAUUAUUUAACACAUGGGUGUUUGUCAACAGAAGUGACAUACAUAAGAUUGGCACACUAUUACUGGAAGGUGUACUCGAGUUUGCGAACAUCCCCGGUGCUGUCUUUGAUAUCGAAGCUGAUUUCAUAAUAAUUAAGGGAGGCCGGUUCAUCAUUGGAUGGCCAAAUAAUCCAUUUGAUGCUUUUGCAAAAAUAACACUUCGAGGAAAUCAGUCGUCACCACAUUUUCAUGUUGGAGCAGGAUACACUGUCGGACCAAAAUCUAUCGGAGUUUUUGGUGGUUUAGACCUCAUCGGGAAGGAUAUUGGAAUAACCAUGACUGAACUUGCAAGGACGGUACAUAUAGGAUCAAAAAUGAUCAAGCUGAGAGAUCCUGUCAGAUGGGCUACUGGGAAUGAGAUUAUGAUAAGCUCUACCAGCUUCAGUCCGCAGCAAACAGAGACCUUUAGAAUUAUUUCUAUUAAGCCGGAUAAUGUUACGUUGAUUCUGAAUGGUUCAAUGCGCUUUAAACAUAUCGUACACACAGAACACUUUCCUGAUGGACGCAACAUAUCUGUUGGAGCUGUUGUUGGUCUUUUGACCCGAAACAUAAAGAUCAUGGGUCAAGACUCUAACCCUAUACAUUCAAAAUCAUUUGGAGCGCGGGUGCACGUUGGACGGAUUAUUGAUAAACAAUGCAUAUAUACGGUAUGCUUCCAACGGAACUUCUUUCAAAUUUUAUUUUCAAUUACAGGGUAUGCGCGAUUAGUCAACGUUGAGUUUUACUAUACUGGUAUACGGGAUUCCCAAGAUUUACAGAUGUACGAGCGGGAAUUCUCUCUUACGUUUGCCUACGUCGGACAAGUUACCAUUCGGAAACCUUCUGCUGUCACAAAAUGCUCAUUUCAUCAAGGCUUUAACACAGCAGUUGUAGCGUUGGGUACUGGAAAUCUAAAUUUAACAGAUAACAUUAUAUUUGGCCGUUAUGGACAUGGUAUUAUGACAGCUUCCGCAUACACUCGAGUUAUUAGUAAUCUGGUAGUUGCAACAAAACUAAAUGGAAUUGAAGCAACUAGAGCGACAAGCCUUACUCUACAAGACAACAUAGUAAUCGGAUCAGAAAAAAUUGGUUAUCACAUACCGGCUGAAAAUUGUGCUGAAACGAGAUACAAAAAUAAUCAAAUGUACAGUAACGUCAUUGGAGUCUUUCUGCGCGAUCAUGCACAUUCACACAUCUGCAUUAAAAUCAACGGUUUUACAAGCUGGAAGAGUGCUGACAUUGGAAUAUUUUAUAUUGGGCACGCUGAUGUAAUCUUUGAACAUAAUAUACUGAUUGAGAACCAAAUCGGUCUUGGUGUUUCAAUCAACUCAUUUAAACCUGCCGAUGAACGGUGUUCUGUAACUAUACGAAAUUCAACAUUUAUUGGACAGACGUCGUCGUUUGAUUGUAUAAAUGAUAGAAUUACACCCGAUAUGAGAAACCCUAUUUCAUCACGUACAUUUAGUCCUGGACUAUUAAAUUCAAAUGGAAUGUUUGGAAUGGUUUUUCCGCAAUUCAGGUCAAUUGGUGCAAAUACAAGAAUGAUCGACGUUACAUUUUCAAAAUAUAGCAUGACAGGUUGUAAGAACAACUUUGCUAUAACAACAAAUAUAGAAAACAUUAACGUUCAUGCUCCAAUCAAUUCUGAAGAAAUCACAGUUUAUGAUGUUGAACAUACUAACAAAAUUAUACUUCAAAGAGCAGACGACGAGACAGGAAAUCAUUGUAUCAGAUUGAACUGCGAUGUUUUCAAGUAUGUUGUCUUUAGAGAUUUAGAUGGCUCGUUCCUCGGACACAUUGGAUCCGUAGUUCCUGAAUCUGAGUAUGGAAGAAUUGACGAAUGUAGAAUCCCAAGGGAAAUGAUGACCAUGCCAAACGGGACAAUGAUUCCUUUCCAACAACUUGUUCGUGAAAAAGGGAUCAUCCGUAAUGAUAAUUGCAUACAACAGAAGACCUGGCAAGCCUACGAGUGUUUUAGUGAUCUGAACUAUAAAUUCAUCAGCUUGAAAAGCAUAGAUCAAGACUCGGGGUAUCGUCAGAUUUCUCCAGUUGCCAUGAUUAGCGAUGGCUUUCUUGACUUAAUAGACGUACCACAAGAUCAUAUAAGGUGUAAAUUUUACACUUGCCAGCAGCGAAAAUCUUCGUUUAUGGCGAUGGUUGCCAUGGACAAGGCUUACCUGGUGCAUUUCACAGGAACAACACCAAGGCAUAUGCGAUACAGACUUUUUAAUGCAAAUGGUGACGAGGGAUUCAAACUGACUGUUUGGUAUUCAAGACCAAAUAGGCUAGAUGUUUUUGUUGACGACAAGUUUGUGAUUGCAACUAAUGCUAAAAUUGAUCUGUUUGGCAGAUAUAUCAUUAGCAUGCCAAAAGGAAAUGAGUAUGAACCGCGGAUCACUGAUACAGCGGGCACGAAUUAUUUCGAUAGAAACCGUGGCGAAAUCACAAUCAUCAUCAGAGGACAUGCUAGAAUCGACGUGAGGACGCAGAAUACAAUUAUUGUCUCAUUCGGUAUACCUGCAUUACCUGUGGAAGAAUUCUAUGGCGAGAAUAUCGUUGAAAAUCUGGCAGCAUUCAUUGACAAACCAUUGACAAAGGUCAGAAUAGCAAGGAUUGUCAGUGAACUAACAGGAACACGUCGGAAAAGGUUCGAUUCCAAUAUGAUAAUGGAGAUUGAAAUAGGAGAUGAGCCUGUUACAGAUAUAAAUUCAACCUUAUCAGACACAGUUGAAUUCUCAGAACUUGUCCUAAUCGCGUCAAGCAUUGUCAGUGAAUGUCAGCUUGGAAAUUUAUCCCAUGCACUGAACACCACAAUCACCUGUGAGACAGUCGGCUUGCAGACUGAUGAACUGGGUACCGGUUAUAUAAUUUACAAUACAGUCACGCCAGAUUAUUUGUUUUUCUACGAAGAACCCGAGGCAGAUUAUGAAGAUGCAUUACUAAAAACACAGCCAAAAAUUAGGGCCGCCGAUAUAAAUCACAAUGUUGUACCUGACCUUGGAACGAUAGAAUAUCCCUGGCAGAUGACGGCUAGCUUGAGAGGUGACGGCACGGGACACAAUGUGGCAAAACUCACCGGAAACCUCUCGAUCAAUUCAUCUGAUGGAUGGUUUAACUAUACCGACCUCGUAAUUUCUCCGUUAGGAUCAAAUUUCAGUUUGGACUUCAAUGUAACUUAUCCAGAGAAUGCCAAGCAUUUUAGUCUAACAUCUAGACCAUUCGAUGUUUCUCGUCGGCCGCUUAAGAUAAAUGUACGCAACGUAACUACAGGAAGUGUAUUUACUGGUGAUAUAUAUGGAGUUACGCUUGAACUUUGUGAUCAGCGUACAGAUGAGAUCAUUACAAACAUUACAUGGAGACAACAUAGUUGGUCAGCUGAAGUUGGCAUGCUCGCUAGUUCGUCUUAUUCAAAUGUAACUGGUACAUUCAACACGUCCUUUGAUCCAGAGACCGGCCUGGCAAUCUUUCCAAAUCUGUCUUUCUCAGGGUGUGGUAUAUAUUACCUGAAAUUUAUCGUUGUCUCUGAUCCACCAGAAUACAAUCUGACUCUAAACCACAGAGUGACGAUAUUAAGUCUAGAGCAUGAUAAUACGACCAUAGAAGAAAUAUGUAAAGUGAAGGUCAAACUGGACGAAGACUUUAAACAUGUGUUGCCAACCAUUGACAAACAAAAUGAGUUUGAGCAAAAGAUUUUGACCGAAUAUGCCAACACCUGGACAGAUGUACAGUUACUUAAUGGGUCUUUUAAUGAAGGGAGUAUUGUAGUCACAUUUGAAUUUGGUGGUUCAAGGUCAGCUAUCUACUCCACACUGUAUGGUAUUUGCAGUGAAUUAGCAAAUGGCACACUCUACAACUUCGACAACAAAACCUUUAAGCUUGCGCCUUACAUGACUGUUAACAACUCAGCAUUCUAUGGCGUCAAAUGUGGGGAAAUCCCUAAAGACAGGAAUGAUUGGGAUAAGAGGGGAACAAUACAUGAUAUAGUCCUUAUCACAGCAGCUGUUGCAACAGUAUGUCUAAUAGCAGGUCUUUUCGCUAUUUGUCCUAUCUGGAGAAAUUGUUUCAUGCUAAAGACACGUACACAAGUCCGACCGCAGUACAGCGACAAUGGCCAAGAUAUGUCUGUUGAAGACGUUAAUGAUGAGAAAGACGAAUUACAGAGAAUUGAACGUAGAAUUCUGCAGACUCCUGCAGCUACCGCCUUUGAUCCUAAAAAACUGAGACAUAACUUUUCUCACUGGUCUGAACCAUUCCAUCGCCCCACAUAUACAACAGGGAAUGAACUAUAAACAAGUAUUAAACUGCUGACUUUCAGCACUGUACAUUUUCGUCAAUUGCAUCCGACAACACGUUAUUACAUGAUUGCGUUAAUACCACGAACUAUAAAGAACAUUAUUUUCUUACCAUUCAUUACCGUUUAAUGUAAAUUUUACAUGAUACUCAUGAUAGCGCGUAGAUUGAUCUAUAGUUGUUAUAAACGUUGGAUAUUAUAUGUUUGAUUAUUUUUAUUUUAUUGUAUUUAGAAUAUUUCUGAGCCGGAUAGGGUGUUUUUUAUCUAUUUUAUAAAGUGUUUUACACUAUAUUUAUGUCUCCCCCUCCCCCACUGGGGGAGACGUAUUGUUUUUGCCCUGUCCGUCCGUCCGUCAUACUUCAUUUCCGAUCAAUAACUGUAGAACCAUUUAACCUAGAGCCUUCAAACUUUAUAGGUUGGCAGGGUUUAUGGAGUAGACGACCCCUAUUGUUUUUGGGGUUAUUCCAUCAAAGAUCAAGGGUAACAGGAGCCUGCACAUGGAAAACCAUUUCCGAUCAAUAACUUAAGGACCACUUGAUCAAGAAUGUUGAAACUUCAUAGUAUAAUUGGACAUGCAGAGUAGAUGACUCCUAUUGAUUUUGGGUUCACUCUGUUAAAGGUCAAGGUCACAGUGACCUAGACAUUGAAACCAUUUCCGAUCAAUAACUUGAGGAUCACUUGACCCGGGAUGUUGAAACUUCAUAGGAUGAUUUGAUAAACAGAGUAAAUGAUUCCUAUUGAAUUUGGGGUCACACUAUUAAAGGUCAAGGUCACAGGGGCUAUUUCCAUUCAGUAACUUAAGAACCAUUAGACCUAGAACCUUCAAACUUCAUAGGGUGAUAGGACCUCAUUGUUUUUGGGGUCACUACAUCAAAAGUCUAGGUCACAGGGGCCAUCCGUCAGUCACACUACAUUUUCAACUUCUUAGGGUGAUAGGGCUUACAGAGUAAAUGACCCCUAUUAUUUUUGGGUUACUUGAUUCAAAGUCAAGGUCACAGUGGCCUGAACAUGGAAAACCGUUUACGAUCAAAAACUUGAGAUCCACCUGACCCAGAAUGUUGAAAUUUCAUAGGAUGAUUGGACAUGUAGCAUGUAGACCUGAUGACCCCUAUUGAUUUUGGGUCACUUGGUCAAAGGUAAAGGUCACAGGGACCAGAACAUGGAAAAAGUUUUCCAUCAAUAAAUCACUUGACCUAGAACCUUCAAACUUCAUAAGCUGAUAUGAGAUAAGAGUAGAUGGCCCGUAUCGUUUUCGGAGUUACUUGAGCAAAGGUUAAGGUCACAGGGGCCUGAACAUGGAAAACCAUUUCCGAUCAAUAACUUGAGAACCACUUGACUCAGAAUGUCGAAACUUCAUAGAAUGAUUGGACAUGCAGAGUAGAUGAUUCCUAUUAUUUUUGGACUCACUCAAUCAGAGGUAAAGGUCACAGGGGCCAGAACAUGGAAACCCGUUUCCAAUUCAUAACUAGAACCACUAGGCCAAGAAUGUUGAAUCUUAGUGGGAUGAUUGGACAUGCCAAGUAGAUAAUCCCUAUUGCAAUGUUAAUUUAUCUUUCAUUGUGUACCGGUCACGUUUCUUCAAUAUUUCCUAUCUUAAAGAAAUAACGCAUAGUUUAUUCUUUUUCAGCGUUGCAGAAAAAAACUUGGUUGAACUUCCCUAGUGAAGUUCCGGUCUAGAUUAUAAAACUGUUCUGAUUGGUUGAUGUAAAAAAGUAUGUCAGUCGAUUUUACUACACGUGUAUGCUAAAAUGUGUAUAUGCAGCAUAACUUUGCAGUAUGAGUUAAAUAAAAAGUAUAGAUAUACACAAAUUAUGAUUUCAAAUUCAAAAUCAUUUCUAAAAUGAAUUUCAUUCAUCAUUUCGAAUUUUAUUGUAAAACUGUGAAAAUUUUGAAUUCUGUUUUUGUUUAUUUUCAUUUCGCCUCACAUGUGCACACUGCUGUGACCUCUAGACCGGAUGUUCAUUAGGGGAGUUCACGCAAGUUUCUUUUUCUGUAACGCUGACGAAAGCAUAAAUAUGUGGAGUAUCUCUGCAAUAUGAGAUAUUGAGAAAAUUUGUUUUGUGCACGCUGGAAGUUAAAUUACCUCUUGUUCAAUAUGCCUAGUACCCAUUUACCGAACUGCAUGUUUUAUGUAAGAAAUGUACGAUUGAAAUGGGUAAGUGCACUUUCAUGACCAUGGUUCUUAUAGAAUACCUAGGAGUAGGGUAUAACAUGUACAGAGGCAUUUUCUUUCUAGUAUGGUGCCAGUGCUGUCCCCUAUUGACUUUCCGAUAAUUACUACUAUGUAUUGAGGGAGACAUGCGCUUUUCUACAAAAGCAUCUUCUAGUUGUAAUUAUUUUUGUCUUUGCUAAUGUUAUUACAGUCAUUUUUUCAGCUUAUCUUUAUACAGACUUCUACCCAUAUUUCAUAUUAAUAAUUAUUCUUUUUGUUUGUUUUCAAGACGAUGGUGUACAUGUGGUACCCAGAUAAAGAACUAUUGAUGUUUAGUUCUAUACAGAUGUUUUGGUUUAUCAGAUAGUAAUACAUUGUAAAGGAGUUGUUUGAAUCUGUAGAUAACUACUCGUAUCGUCUGUUUUCAUUAGUUCAUGUGAUAAUUUUCUGUGUUUAACAAGUUUAUGGUAAUGUGUAACGGUUUAUUUGUAUAUGUUCUAUUUUAUUUUGAAAGUUUAUAAACUUACUCAUUUUUGGAGAGUUUAUUAUCAUCUCUUAAACAAAACUGGACAUAGGGCUGAUGACUCAAAAAACAUAUACUUCAAAAAAGGAAUAAAAAAGCUUACCCAUUUUCAAUUGUAGAACGAGAUUUA